UCUCGUAAAGAUCUUCUGCGAAUAACGACUUUCAAUCAGAUUUUCUGCAUUGUUACGAUUAAGUGGAUGUUUAAAGUAUUAAGUUUUUGUAUUAAGUAAAAUAUUACUGUUUAAGGUAAAUAAAAAUGGUGAAACUUACUGCUGAACUCAUUCAAAUGAGUGCACAAUUUAUAAAUCCUGUGCGAGACAGGCAGUUGGAUUUAAGAGGUUACAAAAUAGGUGUUAUUGAAAAUCUUGGAGCAACACUGGAUCAGUUUGAUUGCAUUGACUUAUCUGAUAAUGAUGUUAGGAAAUUAGAUGGGUUUCCUCAGCUGAAACGUUUAAAAACGCUUUUGUUGAAUAACAACAGAGUGUGUCGCAUUGGAGAUAACCUGCAGGAAUGUCUACCUAAUCUUGAAACACUGAUUUUAACAAAUAAUCAUAUUCAAGAAUUGGGUGAUAUUGAUCCGCUAAAUACUCUAAAAUCCCUUACUUCACUGAGUCUGAUGAAAAAUCCAGUUGCUUCUAAGAGACACUACAGAUUGUAUAUUGUUCACAAGCUUCCCCAACUCAGACUAUUAGAUUUUCGUAAAAUCAGAUUGCGGGAAAGAGAAGAAUCUGCAAAACUAUUUAAAGGUAAAAAAGGAAAGCAGCUAGAAAAAGAGAUAGGGAAGAGGAGCAAAACUUUUGUUCCUGGUGCCACUCUUCCUAGUACAUCUAGCAAAGAAAAGACCAGUGGGCCAACAGUUGCUGAUGUUGAAGCUGUUCGAGAAGCUAUCAAGAAUGCAACAACACUGGAAGAAGUUGAAAGAUUAAAGCAGAUAUUAAAAUCUGGUCAAAUACCCAGGAAAGAUGCUGGUAGUUUAUCUCAGAAUAAUGCUGAAGAAAUGGAAACAGAAUCUAGUGUUGAAAAUGGAAAAUGAAAGCUUUCUGAUGUUAGGAUUUGUGAUUCGCCUCCCUUCAUUUUGAAGUUUCAGUAUCAAAGAUUCGGGGCAGAGUAGUUACUGUUUAUGGCUGUAACAUACCUGCCAUAAUUCAUCAGAUGUUUCAUUCAGUUUGUACAUAUUACAAUAAAACUUUUCAAGAAAU